AUCAUCUGUCACUGUCAGAGCGUAAAACACAUUUUGUAUUUAUGAAAACAUAGGUUAGAACAAGGAUUUCAAAUAUUAUUUAUAAAAUAGUUAAUAUCUUCUAAUAGUCGGAUAUUGGUACUAUUUGUACACGUAUAAAUAAGCAUUUAAUUGGUGUACAAAAAUGAGCUACUCCAAAGGAAACACUAACCGGACUAGAGCUCAAAAACACCAAAACAAAACUGCAUUCAAGAAUAAUUUACAUGACACUAGUAAGAAAACUAAAAUCUUAAAUUCAUUAGAAGUAACUGGGGUAUGUACGCGAUGUAAGGAAAUCAUUGAAUGGAAAAUUAAAUUCAAAAAAUAUAAACCACUAGCUGCACCUAGAAAAUGUGUUGGAUGUGAACAAAAAACAGUGAAAUACGCUUACCAUGUGCUUUGCACUAGUUGUGCAUCUGUUAAAAAAAUUUGCGCAAAAUGUAAUAAAGAUAUCAAUAGUAUUCAAGAAGAAGAAAUCAAACAAAUUGAUAAUAACGAAAAUAAGCUAAAGUCAUUGUUAAAAGGUUUGCCAGAAAGAAAGCGUAGAACAUUGUUAAGGAUUUGGAAAAAACAAGAUGAAAAUACUAGUGAUGAUAAAAUGUUACAAAUUGAAGACAUGUUGUCGAAAUUAGAUAACAGCACAGAUGAUGACUGGGGUGGUAACCUUUCCAGUUUGGAAGGGAGCCUUUCUGAGGAUGAGAUUGAUGAAUAAAUAACAUUUUGUUUAUGUCUAAUUUGAACUUUUAUUAUAACAAUAAUUAAUGAACACACAUAAACUAAGAAUAGGAAGACAAUAAGUUAUCCAUAUAUCAAAUAAAGAUGGCACCAUAUAUCCAUUAUGUCAUAGAAAUAUAGUUGCAUUUCAAUAUUAUUUGUAGUCCAAGAUGGCCAACAACAAACUUUCAUGUACUAUGACGUUUUAAAUACCAUAUUUUAAACCAUUUUAUAAUUAUUUAUCCAUUAUCAUAAAUAUAGUUCCCAAAUCUAUAAAAUGUGAAGUUAUCCAGUGAUGUUGAUUGAUAUUUAAAAAAAUUGUUAUUGUAAUCAGGUGGUAAAUUAAAAAACAUAUUCAUAUUAGUCUCAUUUAUAAUUGAUUUUUGGGCGGAAGUUACCCGGGGUUACAUUCAUGUUUCUGUGACAAUUUAUAUAAAUCAACAAUUUAUUUUUAUGCUUACGUUAUAUAAUAAAUGAACUAUACAUGUGGAUAAUUAUAGUUUCAGUUUAAUAAAUCCAUCGCCAUAUUCAAAUAAAUUAAAUUAUAAUAUAUAUUAGUAGUCAGCAAAAUAAUUAUUUUUAAGUCUAUAAUUACUUUUAACCUACUUACACCAUUAAUUUAAAAUUAAAAAAAAAUUCACCGACAAUGAAAACAGCUCAUGUUUGUACCUAUCUUAUGAUCUUCAUAUUUAUAAAAACCUGAUUUAUAAAAGAUUUUUUCUUUAAAAUUACAUAAAUAGAGGAAUUAUUGCAGAAAAAUUUAUUAAACCUAAAUAUCCAGUCAUAAAUGACUAGGUAAAGUUUGUUGAAUAAUAAAUUAUAAGAGAAAACUACACGUUUUUUAAAACAUUACUGAACUACUUAGAGGUUGUUUGCCGUUGGACCGAUUGGCAAAUCAAUCAACCGGCUCAAUGGGAACCUCUUUAACAUAGACAAUCAUCCAUACAAGACCUUUUUCACGAGAUAUAUUAAGUUUUAAUUAUCAGGGAUAGUUUAAAACUUGUAAUCCCAAGUAACAACAUGGAAAUUAGCAAAAGCAAUAUAGUGUUUAAAAGCAUGACUCUAAGAAAAUAACACUUUACACAUGCAAAUUAAACUAAUCUGUAAACAAGCAUGAGAAAGCAUUUAUCAUGCAAGAAGAUUUUGAAGGUUAUUACUAAAGAAAAUUAAUAUCAAUUAGAUAUUUAACAUUUAAACAAAAGAUAAUUGUGAGAUAUGAAUGUAAAGGUAUACAUAAGGGGUAAGCCUAAGAAUAAGUAUGGUUUGCAUAAAGGAUAAUGUAAAAAAGAAAGGAGUGACAGAAGAGUACCAUGACAGUAUAGAAACGGGAUGGG